AUGGUGGUAACUUCAAGAUUCUUUCCGGUGGCGCCGCAGCAGCGUGGACUUUGCCAGAAAGCCCUGGUUCUUGUUGCUCUUUGCGCUGUCCGCCAAGUGGCUGCGCAGGCUACUUAUCCUUCUGAAUUUCGGAUGGAGUGGUGCAUCGGAAGUAGUUGUUUUGAUCAUUCCAUCAGCUGUGCGCACUUCCAGCUGCGCCUACAUGACUACUAUGCUGAAGGGCUCCGCCCGCCACUGAGAGAGGCCUUCUUCUUGGCAACGUUGCCUCCCGUGUACCAGCGGGAGCUGCUCCUUGGAUGUCCAGGCAUGAUGGUUCUGUCUCACCUCCUGCUGGCCGAGCUUCGCUUGUACACGCACGAUCCAGGAGAAGCUGCCACCUUAAAUGCCAGGGCGCAUAUCAUGAUGGAGCUUCCAGAGAUCACUGCAGUGCACCUGGAGAACAUCAAACAUGCGUGGCCGCUGCAGUUGGCUUUGCAGCGGAUACAGACUACCUCCGAGAUGUUGGAUGGCCGUAGCCCAAUGUCAGUUGACAUAGUGCUGCCGCGUUGCAGGGAAGAUUUGGCGUGGUUGGCGAACGGAACUCUGUUGCAGGCGUUGCCAGCCAGGACGCGGAUCUUUGUGUACGAGAAGUGUGGAGGUGAUGUCGGCUUGGUGGAGUACUUAACCUCGCUUUUAGAAAAUCACGUUCAGCUCAUUUAUACGCAACUGGAUGAUGCCGCCGACCCAGCAACUGGCCUCGCUGCACGCCGCGACGAAUGCACAGCGUACUUGAGCCAUGUUGUCCGUGAGUACGGCAACCUGGCGGACAUGACUCUCUUCUUGCAUGGCGACCCAUCAGACCACACGCCGUUUGGUCUGUUGAAUAUUUUGCUGCGAGGAAUUUCUUCAGGUUCUUUCAGCAGCCUGGACUUCAUCCACUUGGGUUCACCCCGUCUUGUUGCAACAUACAACCCUUGUCAGGAUGAUAUCUAUGAGCGCGCGUUCAACCGCCCGCUUAAAGGCAGACUUUAUACUUACUGCUGUUCUCAGUUUGCCGUUUCUAAGAAGCGGAUCCGGCAACGACCACUCGAAGAGUAUGUGAAGAUGCUGCAAUUGGUAGACGGUUCGGUGGCUGACGUUUGCGAACGCAUCGGUCCUUCUUACGAGAAGUAUGCGGGCCAGCGAUUAUCUCACUGCUUUUUUCUGGAGUUCAUGUGGCAUGUUGUUUUUGGUGAACCUGAUAAUCUGCCGCUCCGUGCAGAUGAUAAAACGCUUCCACUCCCACUGCGCCUGAAGGACAGCGAAGAACGCCCACCAAGCCUAUGGAAAAGCUACAUGUCACCUGUUGUCGGUGGCUACGCCACGUUCCAGCAUCAAAGCCAUGAAAGCUGGCUCCAUCAAAUUCGGACGCAUGCUGACUUAGGCCGCCCUGUGCAGAGGAACUUCGGAGACGGAUUGGAUUUCUGA